CCUUAUUUUUUUGUAUUUUAAUUUCAGCAAUUGAAGAUUGUUAUAAUGGACCAAACCUGGAAAAUGGUCAAGUAACUUUAGAAUUUAUGAGAAACCUCAUGGAAACAUAUAGAGAAGGAAAAAAAUUGCAUCGGCGUUAUGCUUAUCAGAUACUUCUUGAUGUUAAAGCCCUUUUUGAACAAACUCCAACUAUGGUAGAAGUUACCAUACCAGGGGAUAGUAAAUUCACAGUAUGUGGGGACAUUCAUGGACAGUAUUAUGACCUUCUAAACAUUUUUGAAAUGAAUGGCUUACCUUCUGAAUCAAACCCUUAUUUAUUUAAUGGUGAUUUUGUUGACAGAGGCUCUUUUUCAGUAGAAUGCAUAUUUACAUUGUUUGGUUUUAAACUGUUGUAUCCUAAUCAUUUUUUCAUGUCUCGGGGUAAUCAUGAAAGCCAAACCAUGAAUCAGAUGUAUGGUUUUGAGGGAGAAGUCAAGGCUAAGUAUUCAGCACAGAUGGCUGAUCUUUUCACAGAAGUAUAUAACUGGCUACCAUUAUGUCAUUUGCUGAAUAACAGAGUUCUGGUCAUGCAUGGUGGUUUGUUCUCAGAACCAGGAGUUACUUUAAAUGACAUUCGUCAAAUAGACAGAAAUCGGCAACCCCCUGAAAAAGGUCUUAUGUGUGAAUUACUAUGGUCUGAUCCUCAGCCACAACGUGGUAUCUCCCCCAGCAAGCGUGGGGUUGGUGUACAGUUUGGUCCUGAUGUGACAGAAGAAUUCCUUUCUAAAAAUAAUUUAGAUUAUAUUAUCCGUAGCCAUGAAGUUAAGGCCGAAGGAUAUGAAGUCACACACAAUGGAAAGUGCAUUACUGUAUUCUCUGCGCCAAAUUACUGUGAUACUAUGGGGAACAAAGGUGCAUUCAUCACUAUGAAAGGAAAAGAUAUGAAACCUAAUUUUGUAACAUAUUCAGCUGUUCCCCAUCCAAAUGUCAAACCAAUGGCAUAUGCAAGUAGUUUACUUGCUUUUAUGUGACAGUGGCCAUCCUAGAUAAUCAUAGUUUCUCAGGAAAAUCAGUUUUGUAAAUACAGAAAAAUCUUCUCCUUGUUAAAAGCAGCACUGAUUUUGCAAAGACUCCUAAAAGAGGAGUGUUUAUAUUUAGUUGUAUACUGUUUUAAUAAAUAAUGUAUAUACUUUUUAUGUGAGAUCAUAUUUCUACAUUAAUUUAGUUUUAAUAUAUGUGCAUAUAUGUUUAUUGCAUUGUAUUUUUUUAUUCAGUCAUAGGAGUAUUUAUAUUUCACCAACUCAUUGAGUCUUCACUGAAGUACAGUGCUUCUGUUAAUCAAGUUGUAAAGAAUAAUAAUUGUGAGAAUUUCUAAUUUUGAUGUGAUUUUUUAAAAAGGAAUCAUGUGAAGAAUUGUGGACACCUGAAAAGCUCAAAAAUUAGAAGUUAUUUUUUUAUACCUGUAGCUUUUGGAAACAAUUUGGGAUGUAUAUAGCUGACAAUGAUGAAGUAAACAUCAUUGGAAUGAAGCUUUAAUGUAGCAAAAUUAGCAAUGUAUAUCAAGUGAUAGAUAUAUGUAUAUUAUGUAUUAACUGUCUUAAUGCCAUUAAAAUAUUGAUUUAAAAUACUAUACACAAAGGAAGCUGAGCUUUUAUUUGAAUAGUUUCCAAAAAUCUUUUAUUAUAAAAUAAUGAAUUCAUAAUAAGCUUAAGAUGAAAAGAUGCACUAUACAUGUAAGAAAGCAUUUUUACAAGAAAUUCAAUUCUCAAACAAAAAUACAAUCGGUGAAACUGCAUCUAACAAAAAAAAAAAAAAAAAAA